AUGGAAGCCAGUAGAAUGGACUUUGCAUUGGCAAUUCCUUCUUCCAACACAAACGCAAGAUCAUACAGAGGAGCAGACGUUGGUUCAGAUCAUAACUUAGUAAUCGGAAAGUUCAAAGUGAAAUUUAAAGUGCAGCAGAAGACUAAGAAACCUAAGGCUUUUGCAGUGAAUAAGUUAAAAGAUCCUAGGGUGGCAGAAGAGUUUCAACUUAAGUUGCGUAAUAAAUUCGAAGUCCUUGAAAAUCUAGAGGACAUAGAGACACAUUGGGAAGGUUUUAAAAAGAAGAUUCGUGAAGUGGCCGAAGAAGUAUUGGGUAGAAGAAGAGGAACCAAUAGAGAAAGGUGGAUAAGUGAUGGUACGUGGACGGUGAUUGAUGAAAGGAAAAGGGUCAAACAACUGAGAGAAGCAGCAACUAGACAGGAUUACGGUAACUUAGCUGAGCGAUAUAACCAACUAGAUAGAGAAGUGAAAAGGAGGUGUAAGAAUGAUAAGAAUCAAUGGAUUGAAGAUAAAGGGAAUAAAGCGCAGGAAGCUGCAGAUAGAGGUGAUAGUAAAACUAUAUAUAAGAUAACAAAAGAGCUUACAUCUGGUUUUAAAAGUAGUGAAGGUGUACCUAUUAAAGCGAAAAAUGGCACGAGACUGACUACGGAAAGAGAACAACUGGAAAGGUGGAAAGAACAUUUUAAUGAAGUCCUGAACCAAUGUGAACCUGAUAUUUUGUUAGACUUAUCUAAUGAAAAUGUCAGAGCAAUUUUGAACGUGAACCUAAAUGACAUAUCUCUAGAAGAAGCUAGAAGAGCGUUGCAAAAUUUGAAAAACAACAAAGCAGCAGGGUCAGAUGAGCUGCAACCUGAAUUACUGAAGAACGGAGGUCAAGCGUUGGAACUGGAGUUAUUAAAUAUUUUUAACAAUAUUUGA